ACGGCUCCCGAGAGUCUGUUGGGUUCGCCGGCCUCGACCUCGGCCAGGCUCCGCUCCUCCCGCGCGUGAGGGGCCUCGGCGGCGGCGGCGGCGGCGGCGGCGCCCGGCAUGUAUCAGAGCCCGCGGCGGCUCUGCUCCGCCCUGCUGCAGAGAGACGCGUCCGGCCUGCGCCGCCUGCCCACUCCCGGACUGCGCCGCCAGUCGCCUCCGCCGGCGGCCGCCCCCCGGCCCGCGUCCCCCCGGCUCCUGCUGGCGGCCUCCGCGGCCUCGGGCGCCGCGAGGUCGUGUUCGCGAACAGUCAGAGGUCACUGGAAAGUGUGUUCCAUGGGAAACGGAACGAGCAGACUCUACAGUGCUCUCGCCAAGACACUGAACAGCAGCGCUGCCUCCCAGCACCCAGAAUAUUUGGUGUCACCUGACCCAGAACAUCUGGAGCCCAUUGAUCCUAAAGAACUCCUUGAGGAAUGCAGGGCUGUCCUGCACACUCGACCUCCGAGGUUCCAGAGGGAUUUUGUGGAUCUGAGGACAGAUUGCCCCAGUAGCCAUCCACCUAUUCGGGUCAUGCAGUGGAACAUCCUCGCCCAAGCUCUCGGAGAAGGAAAAGACAACUUUGUACAAUGCCCCGUGGAAGCACUCAAGUGGGAAGAAAGGAAAUGUCUCAUCCUUGAAGAAAUCCUAGCCUACCAGCCUGAUAUAUUGUGCCUCCAAGAGGUGGACCACUAUUUUGACACCUUCCAACCACUCCUCAGUAGAUUGGGCUAUCAAGGCACAUUUUUCCCAAAGCCCUGGUCACCUUGUCUAGAUGUAGAACAUAACAAUGGGCCAGAUGGCUGUGCCUUGUUUUUCCUCCAGAACCGAUUCAAGCUAGUCAACAGUGCCAAUAUUAGGCUGACGGCCAUGACACUGAAAACCAAUCAGGUGGCCAUUGCACAAACUCUAGAGUGCAAGGAGUCCAGCCGACAGUUCUGCAUUGCUGUCACCCACUUAAAAGCACGUACUGGCUGGGAACGAUUUCGCUCCGCUCAAGGUUGUGACCUCCUCCAGAACCUGCAGAACAUCACCCAAGGAGCCAAGAUUCCACUUAUCGUGUGUGGGGACUUCAAUGCAGAGCCAACAGAGGAGGUCUACAAACACUUUGCUUCCUCCAGCCUCAACCUGAACAGUGCCUACAAGCUGUUGAGUGCUGAUGGGCAGUCAGAACCUCCGUAUACUACCUGGAAGAUCCGGACCUCAGGGGAGUGCCGGCAUACCCUGGAUUAUAUCUGGUAUUCUAAACACGCCCUCAGUGUGAGGUCAGCUCUUGAUCUGCUCACUGAAGAACAGAUUGGACCCAACCGGCUACCAUCUUUUAAUUACCCUUCAGACCACCUGUCUCUAGUGUGUGACUUCAGCUUUAAUGAGGAACCUGAUGGACUUUUAUAAAUGCUUGUCUUUUUAAUCACAAGAGUCUUAACCAGGGAUGUUUCAGGAAACUGAAAUAGGAUAAGAAAUUGCCUGAGGAAGGAUUCUCAGUUUCUCUAACGUCAUUUUCCAUGUUUCCAGCAUGCCCUUGGGAAGGAAUCCCAUUAGUCCGCAAACCUUUUCCAUUAAAACCUACAGCAAAAAAGGUGUUUGCACUCCAGUUUUGGCUUGUAUUAUUUUUUCCCUUAGCAUUACAUUUUGAUCAUUGACAGGCAUUAAAAAUUAGGCUUCUUUUAUAGCUUUUUCAGUUGAAGGAUGCUAUAUAAAAAUAGACUUGCUUGAGCCCUCUAUAAUUAACAAAAAGUAUACAGGAGCAAUUUCUCUAGAUAGCAUUUCAAGUUAUUUAUUUGUGGGGUUUUAAAAUGUCAGCAAGAUAUGCAUGGCAAUAUUUAUUUUUUUAUAUUUUCAUGUAUGAUUAAGAGCAUUGUGAAUGUUUUAAAACCAUGCAAAACAUAAGUAAUAGAGUAUUUUAUAGUGAUUUUCUUAAAUCUCUAAGAUCUUUUUAUUUGGGGUCUAACAAUAGUAGUAUACAAAGGGACUGUUUAGCCUGAUGGGUUUUUUUUGUUGUUGUUUAUUUAAGUGGGAAUAUCAGGUCUCCUUGAUAACUUUCUUCAUAAGUAAUCCUCACUAUGCCUCCAUGUUCCCAUUAUUGUGUUUCUUAAAAGAGAUUCCAUGACCAGUCAGUUUUCAUUAUUGAAUCACUGUUUCGCAUUUAUAGCUUUCCAUUGGAAUGCUGUGGUAUUCAUUUGUGGUCACACUUGGACUGUGCUCUUACAUUAGGUUACUUAGGAGCUGUUACAUGGCAGUAGCUAAGAAAGUGAGUGGGGCCUUCUUUUCAGAGGUGGGAAACUAGAAAGUCUAUUAACGAGGCUAUCCUUGAAACCUCCUUGAUAGCCAGGUGGCUAGUUCAAAAUGUCUAGAAAGGAAGAAUGUAAAAAGUUAGAAAGAUAACCUGGAAUUCUCUUUCAUAAGAAAUAAAAAUGGUGCAAGAUAACAGGUGAAGCCCCUUUCAAGCAAAAUCCCAACAAAUAACCUGUUGGUAAUAAAUUGAUAAAUAUUUUAACCCAUGAGUUGUAAAUAUUUAAGAAUAAUAAAUGGUCUUUUAAAGCUAGUGAUUUUAAUAUCUUGUCUUUUUAGUCCAAAAAGAAUCUGGGAGGAGAUUUGGUCUUCUAAUACUGUUAACAUGGUGACCCACAGUAUCCAUUUACACACAGACCUUCAUUUUUUAAGUGGAUCUGUAGCUGCACAUUGAAGUCAUCUAUGCUAUGCUUAUGUAAUAUCUCUAGGCAUCACUGUUGGAGUUCCCCAAAAUGGUUCACCCAAGUAUUCUGCAUUAGAGCUACUUUUGAAACCAGCGAGGUGUUCAGUACAUUGUAUACACAUCUUGGGACUUCCUGGAAGGAGCAGCAAGCAGGAAGAACAUCUGUACCAACUGUCAUUUGGUUCAGAUCUUAGCGUGAUAAUGGUAGUCAUAUCAGCUAUUGAGAAACCCAAUACUGAUUCCUACAGGCAUUAAAUAUUGUUCGCAUGCCCCAGAGUACACCAACCUGAAGAGAAACGAUGACAGCAGCCGUAAGAGAGCAAAUACGGAUGAGAAUGAAAGCCAAAAUAAUGUUUGCGUUUCAGAUGUUGUCCACCAGUAUAUGAAUUAACAGGCUGGAGGGUUAGACUAGGGUUGAGGGUUAGACUAGGGAUGGCUGGGAAUACUAAUGAGGAAAAAAGCUGGAAAUACUGUGCAAUUGUAAUGUGCCUAUAAAUUAAGGAAAUAGGGCGGAAAUUUUAAUGGAACUCGUCUUAUGAGUAAUCCUUUGGAGUUACAGCAGUAUACUUCUGUUUGUUGGUUUUAUAUUUUGUCUUUAUUUAAAAUGGAAUUAUGUGAGCAUUUUAUGUAAACGGGUUUUAGUAGUAUAUUAAAUCUUGGAUUGUACUUCAUAUUUUAUUUUUCCUUUUAAGUCUUUGUAGACACCUUUUCCUUAUGGACUGUCAGAGUAACCAGAAGCAGAAUGGUAAGUAACAAAUCUGUAUUCUCAAUUUUUAGGCAUGUUCCAUUUAAUGAAUUUAUCUUAUUCUGUCCCCCGUGUACCUUUUGUUUCAGCUUUUCCUUUUAUAUCACAUAAUACUUUAAUUGUGGUCAUAAUAAGCGUCUUAAAAGAGAAGCAAACUGCAUAUUUGGAGAGAGAAUGAAAGUGGCAGUGGAUUUUUUCUUCCUCCAUGCCAUAUUUCAGUAGAUUCCCUUCUACAAGGUAAAAGGAAUAGGAAUGACCAUUUCAUUCAUUUGAGCAAAGGAUAAUGGUGUAUAUACAUAAGAAAAAACUAAUAUUUGAGUUCCUUACCUUUGGCUCUAAGAGCUUUCAAUACGAUCUUUUCAACUACUCUGAAUUAAUUUUUCUACAACUACUCUUAAUUUAAAAUAGGGUGUAAAACAUCAGAUCAUUUGACCAGAGUGAUAGCUAGCCAUAGGAGAGCCAAUAUUCAGGCCUAUGUCUGUCUUGGUCUAGAAUGCUUGCUUCUGUCCCCACCAACAUGCCCCCUUGGCCUUGAGUGAGGACAAGAGAGACAAAACGGUAUGUGCGGGAGGAAGAGAUCUGUUCAAUGAAAAAUGGUCAAACACAUAGGGCAGAUACUUUGUAGUACUUAUGCAAUACUGAAUAGAAGCAAGAUAUGGAAGCCAGAUGGUGGCUGGAAGAACAGAUCUCAGUUACUCUGCUACAGUAGAGUAGUUGAAAAGUAGAAUAUCCGUUACUGUUUGCAUACUUCUCUUUAGAAGGAAGCAGUAAGAACAGUUACUCUAGUAGUGUUUCAAACUAGAAAACGAGAUUGGUGCAAAUAUUCUAUAUUGGAGCCAUUUUUUAAAACAGCCAAGAUUUUAUAAUAGUGACAGAAAUGUUGCAUAUAAUUAGAUAAUGUGUUUUAGGCUUCAGGAAGUUUAUAUCCAAGAUAUAAAUUCUAAAAAGAGAUAAAAACACAUGCUCAUAAUCCUAAUUGAUUUCAAUUUUAGAAAAGGAAAGGCAUCCAAAAAAAUGAAUGUACUUGCAGAAAGAGCUUUUUUUAAGGACAUGUAUAAAAAUACGGCACAGCAAGCUUUCAUCUAGAGGGGCUACAUACCAGAGUGGGAGAGCACUGGAGUUUGGGCUUCUAAAACAAGGGAGGGGAAAACAAGUAACGUCAAAUAAAGGGGCCUGGGCUCUAGUGAAGACAACACCGACCAGCAUGGCCCUGAAGGAGUUGCCCCAUCUCUGGGGCCUCUGUUCUCUCAUCCACAGAGGAUUGCUUGGCACUUGCUCUGUGAACCCCAUAGAUUUGUGAGAUGUUUGUAAAAUAAUAUCAUCAACUAUUAUAUAAAAUUUACACAGAAGUCACUGGAACUUGCUUCAAAAUUUCAAAGCAAGAAAAGGGAAGGGUAUUGUACCUGGUAUCUUGAAAUAUUCGUGGAUGUUUUAACAACGGACUAUCGCUAUUCCAAGAAUAAUCAUCUUUCAAUUUGAAAAUGCAGAACAAAUCGGGUUAGUAGAAACUUGAGCCCCAAAUAGGUGAGGGGCUCAUAGAAUGGCAAGAUUUUUUUUUUCCUAAUUGUUCUUCCAAGCAUAUAUGAGGUUGUAGGUGAUCUGGUUCUUAAUUUCAUGAGGGGAUGUCAACCCUACUUUGGUAAAAGUGUGAUAAAACAAAAUAUUCAUAAUUCCAGGCCCUUGUUCUCUAGAUUUUUGUGGAAAGCUCACCUCUAAGAAAACAUUCACCUAAGAUUAGACAUGUGGACCCAGCCCUUCCUCUUGACAGAAUGCUAGGAAAAGUUUUGUUGCUUCCAAGCAGCUGGUAAACUGGAUCAUAUGGAUCUCAUUACUGAUCAACUUACCUUUUUUGCUUUGCCUCCAAGACAUUCAAAACCGGACCUUAUAGCUGAAUUUUAAUUACUGGAUGACGCUUCACAUUGUUAUAGUAGUAUGUGCUCUGUAUGCUUUAAUCUUUUGCCAUCUUCUCUUUUCUUUGUCUAAUUUUCUUUUACCUUUUUUUUUUUUACUUUCACUAAUUCUUAGAUUAUGUAAAUUGUAAAUCUGAAAUUGUUCUGGUAAUAAAGCAGAGUAUAAAUUAUCUUGCUACAAGAAAGAGAUUCAGACACCUAGAUGGAGACAGUUUUUGUAGAAGAAUGUCAAAAUAGGAUUACAGAUCUAUUAUCUGUAAUGUUACCUAUAAUACAGAGAAACACCAAUCAAGAAAAAUAAUGGAAGACUGGGCACAGCGAAUAAAUAUAUGCCCAACAUCUCAUUUUGGUUUCCAUAGACUGGUGAACCUGAAGAGGACACACAACAAAAUUCUGCAACAUUUUAAGAUUUAAUUUGUAAGAAAAUGAGGAUCAGGGGUGCCUGGGUGGCUCAGUGG